AUGUAAAAUCACAAAUGCAGAUUUUGUAUACACAGGCGCUAAUGUUUGUAUGCUUCGAUUGAUUAGAUUUCAAAAAAAGGAGAUCUUAUUUAAACAAUGAAUAUCAGUCUAUAUUACAAACAUGGUUAGAGCCAAAAUUAUUUUUUUUCUCGACCUAUCAACUAAAUUUUAAGAAAAGAAAAACAUACAAUCUAUGCGAAAGUAGAAGAUUACAAAAUUUUAGACAGUUAAGAAGAAUAUCUAAAACAGUUCUAUUAUAUGCCAAAUUGCUAACUUUAACUAAAAUAAUUAAUACAGUAUUAUAAAGUAUUCAUAUCUAAUAACUUAUAAGUUUAGUAUUGAUCAUCCUAUGUUAUACUUUCUGGAAUUAAAAGCUAUUAUAUUAAAAUAUCUUAGUAGCAGAUCAUAGGUUGAAUAUCAUUGGGCAAUUAAUUAAAUUGAGAAGGAAGCUUAAAGAGAAGGUGGAAUGAGUCCUAAAAAAAGUAAAAAGAAAAGUACUCCUUUGGUUAAAUAAGAAUUAUCGUUUUUUUUGAAAGAAUUAAAUGAUACUCAAAAAUCUACUACAAUAUUAUAAUUGCUUAAAAAUGUUGAGGCUGAUAGAGCCAUAGAAAAAGAUUGGUAAAAAUAGUUUACAUAAUCUCUUAUUGAAUAAGAUUUAACCAAAGCGAUGUAAUUUUCAACUUUUCUUUAAUAAAAAGAACUUUAAAAACCAAAAGAAUCUACUAUCAAAGUAAAUACAACUUCUAAAACUGUUUAUUUAGGAAACAUUAAAAAACAAUAAAAUUUAUAAAUAGGUACUCCUAGAAAAGCUAGCAAUCUCAUUUCUAAUAAUUUUAGUAAUGGAUGUAGUGUUCAUAAUGCUCAAUCAAUUGUUAAUACACAAAUCUAAAAUAGUUAGGUUAACUAAUUAAAUUAAAACAAUGGAUUACAAACUACUAUAUCUAAUAAUAAGAUGGUUACUCAAAAUUUCCAUUUUUUCAAUCAUAAUUUAAAUCAUUAAACUUAAGCAUCUAAUUCAUAAAAUAAUGUAAAUCAUAAUUUCAUCACUAAAACAAGUAUUGUAAAUAGUUCUAAUGGUAAUAUUUUUAAACCUUAAACUAUAUAUAAAAUGCAACCUCUAAGAUUAAUGGAGGUGCCGAAAUUGAAAAUUAAACUGAAUCAUUAAGAUCCUAAAUCAGAAAGGAAAUAUGAUAGAGUUAGAGAAAAUAGAAUAGAUUGUUUAACAUAAAGAAUAAAAACUUAAUUAGAUGAAUCCAAUACUGCUAGACUUAGUGUCAAUCCAAAAACUGUUGUAAUCAAAAGAAGAUAAAAUUUUUAACAUUGA